AUAUAUAUAUAUAUAAUAAUAUUAAUCAUUUUGGUAUUGUGAUUCAUACAGAUAGUCUGACAGAUCGAAUUUUCAAUAUAAAACUAACCUAAAAAAAGUAAAUUUCGAACAAUCAAGAUUUCUAUAAUUUUUUCAUUUAAAUAUAGGUAAAGUUGGGAUAUUUCAAUCAUGGAGUGGUUAUUUGGAAAAAGAAUUACUCCUGAAGAAAUGCUUAGAAAAAAUCAAAGAGCAUUAAACAAAGCUAUGCGAGAUCUUGAUAGAGAAAGAAUGAGAAUGGAACAGCAAGAAAAAAAGAUCAUUGCAGAUAUAAAAAAACUUGCUAAAGAUGGUCAAAUGGAUGCAGUGAAAAUUAUGGCAAAAGAUCUUGUAAGAACUAGACGCUAUGUGAAAAAAUUCAUGCUAAUGAAAGCGAAUAUUCAAGCAGUAUCUUUGAAAAUUCAAACUUUACGUUCGCAAAAUACUAUGGCACAAGCAAUGAAAGGAGUCACAAGAGCAAUGCAAAACAUGAAUAAACAAUUAAAUCUUCCUCAAAUACAAAAAAUAUUGCAUGAGUUUGAAAAACAGUCAGAGAUAAUGGAUAUGAAAGAAGAAAUUAUGAAUGAUGCAAUUGAUGAUGCAAUGGAAGAUGAAGGUGAUGAAGAAGAAAGUGAUGCUAUUGUGUCACAAGUUUUGGACGAAUUAGGUCUUCAAUUAACAGAUCAAUUAUCUGGUUUACCACAAGCUUCUGGUUCAUUAAGUGUAGCAAAUUCUAAGCAACCAAUUGCAGCUGCGACAGGAAAUGAUGAAGGUGGAAAUAUUGCAGAUGCGGAUGCAGAUCUUCAUGCUAGGCUUGAAAAUUUACGACGUGAAUAAGAAAGUGUUAUGUAGCUGAAAUGUAUAAAAGAUGUAAAAAAAACAUUGAUGUUGUAAGCAUAAUUAAUUUUAUAAUUUGCUUUAUAUUUUAGUUGAAAGCAAACACUUUUAUUAUAGUACUUGUUUUUUAAUCACUUAUUCUUUUAAUCAAUUAAGAAUUCAUGAAUGAAUGAUAAGCAAAGGCAUCUAUUUAGAUUAUGUAUUAAUCUAUAAUGUUACAUUUUUAUAAAAAAAAAAAAAAAAUUUUAAUCCCU